AUGGUUCGCCCUCACAAUGGCGGCCAAAGAUACAUGAAUGGCGUGUAUUAUCCCAGUUGGCUGGUGUACAAGGGCAAGACGCCGGCGACUCUUGACAUAGACAACAUUACACAUGUCUUUUACGCCUUUAUUGGCGUGAAAGAAGAUGGCUCACUUCGGUGGAUCGAUGAGCACGCCGAUGUAGUAAAGGACAUCGACGGAGAAAGGGGGGCUCUAGCCGCCCUAGCAAAGCUCAAACGCAACCAUCCAAGACUGAAGACCAUUGUGUCCAUCGGAGGAGGAACUGCUAGCAAAGAGUUUCCCGCGCUGGCUGCCAACUCCCAUGCGCGAGAGACGUUUGCGAAGCAAGCCCGCGAAUUCUGUGACCGCCAUGUGCUCGAUGGCAUUGACAUCGACUGGGAGCACCCGAGUAACGCGGAGCAGGGCCGUGACUAUGUGAAGCUCCUCAAGGAGUGCCGCAGAGCUCUUCCCGAGCCAAACUAUCUCAUCACUACGGCUCUUCCCGUCGGACAGUACAUCCUCAGACACAUUGAUCUAGAUGCCGUGUCCCGAAUCAUCGACUACCUGAAUCUCAUGGCGUACGACUUCACCGGCUCCUGGACAAAAGUAUGCGGCAACCAUGCACAGCUGUGCUCCCCGGGGACUCGCCUUCAGUCUACGCACCCCGAACUCCAGGCGUGCGCUACCGACGGCGUCGACUACAUCCUCUCCCGGGGCUUCCCCAGCCGGAAGAUUGUGCUUGGGAUUCCGGCGUACGCACGAUACUUUCCUCGCGCGGAAGGGCCGGGAUGUUCUACGGAGAAGGCGGGCGAGAUGGACUACUGCGAUAUACCGGAUGAGUGGGUGAGGCAGGCCGUGGUCGAUGAGGCGGCCGUGGCGGCGUGGUAUGUAGAUGCGAACGGGGACAAGGGCUAUCUGACGUUUGACGUGCCGAGGACGGUGCAUAUGAAGGCGAGGUUUGCGAUGCAGAGGGGGCUUGGGGGGUUGUUUUACUGGACGGGGACGGGGGAUAAGGGGGAGGGGCUGAGUUUGGUGGCUGCUGGGAGGAGGGGGCUCGAGUUGUGCUGA